AUGAACUUUGCACAGUCUAGCAUGAUACUUGGGUGUGUAUAUAUUCCUCCGAAUCUUCACCAUUCAGUAUAUAGUGAUGUUUGCCAAACAGCAGAAGAGGUUUGUGGCUUCAGCAACGACAAGUUACUACUGGUAGAGGAUUUCAAUUUGCCUAAUACUGAUUGGACGAAAUCUCCUCGACCUACUGGCGAAUCCUCACGCUGUGUCCUUGAUCUGGCAAACUUGUAUGAUCUCAGGCAGUUCAAUAAGGUCUUUAACUUCCGUGGUGUUUCACUGGAUCUGGUGUUCUCGUCAAUUCCUGACACUAAAGUUGUUCCGGUCCUUGACUCCUUUCUUCCUGAGGACCGACAUCAUCCUGCUUUAGAAAUAACUUUUGCCGUUCCUGAACCAGCACAUGCAAGUUGCAUGAGGUUCGUUCCUGACUUCAGGAAAUGUAACAUGGGAGCAAUAUUCAAUCGACUGCAGGCCCUCCCAUUGCCUAUCAUUGAUGAUUUGGCGAAUUGUGAGCAGUCUUUUAGCCUCUUCUGCAACCAGCUUUCCCUCAUUAUAAGCCAGAAUACACCUAUGAGAAGAGACUAUACUUCAAGUUUCCCUAAAUGGUUUACCAAUGACUUAAAAAGUCUUGUGAUCAAGAAGAAGACAUCUCAUAUGAGAUUUAAAGCUACUGGGUGCCCAUUGGAUCUGGAUAUUUUUCGAAGACUGAGAAGCCAAUGCAAAGCUCUAGCUGCUGAAUGUUAUGAUAAUUAUAUUAGUAGGGUUGAGGACAGUAUUCCUUACGGCAUAAAAUCCUUUUGGUCACAUGUCUCGAGCCUCAGAGGUACAACUGGCUUUCCAAUUACAAUGACACUGAGUGGUAAGAUGGCUCAAGACCCUGUCAACAAGUGCAAUCUGUUUGCUGAACAUUUUUCUUCGGUUUUUUGUGUUGGAGAUAUCCCGGUUCCACCCUUUGACUUUGCCCGAGGUGACUUUCACGGAUUGUGGUCAAAAAGUGCUGGCCCGGAUGGCAUACCUCCAGUUGUGUUGAAACUCUGCUCCCCUGUCCUUGCUGCUCAUUUAGCCAUCUUCUUUAAUGCACUGCUGCAUGCUGGUAUCUUUCCAUCUGUCCUGAAGCAGGGCUUUGUCGUACCGAUUUGA